AAUGAGUGCGUGCAUGUACACUUUUAUGUAAACAGGUAAUAGUUGUUUGUAUCCGGAUACAUUAGUCUGAGCGCAUUUUGACGCGUCUUGUGCUAGCUUAGCUUGCUAGUUAGCUUAGCUUGUUAGCUGCUAACAAAGAGACGCGGACGUUAUCAACACAUCACUAAGUAGAGAUCAAAUGUGAGUGUCAAGUGUUGUGAUUGUGUGAAAAUGUGCGAAAGAACGAUAGCAAAGUAUGAGGAGGAACUUUGUCCAACAAAAGAGGAGAAGGAGCGACAACAUCAACUACUGGACGCUGUUUUCAAGAAACAUCAAGUUGUGUUACACAGAACAGACGUCCAGCAGCCCCCUCACAUUAAAGAGGAAGAUGAGGAACCACAGCCCCCUCACAUUAAAGAGGAAGAGGAGGGUCCACAGCCCCCCCACAUUAAAGAGGAAGAGGAGGAAGUGUGGAUCACUCAGGAGGAAGAGUGUCUUCUAGGGCAGGAGGAGGCUGAUCUCACCAAGUGUCCACUGACUGUUGUCUCUGUGAAGACUGAAGAGCAUGAAGACAAACCACCUGAGUCCUCACAGCUUCAUCACAGUCCAGACGUCUGUCAAGAACAUCUUCUACCUGAGCAGGAGUGGAGCUCCAGGGUGGAGCAAAAGGAGCUACCACCCCCCAGAAUCAAAGAAGAGGAGGAGCCAGAGCCCCCCUACAUCAAAGAGGAAGAGGAGGAACAGAGCAUUAGGCAGGAUGGAGUGCAUUUUGAAGGACUGGAGGUUGGUGUGAUUGUGAAGGGUGAAGGUGACGAGGUCAAAGGUGAAAGUGAGGAGACGAGAGAGGCGGAGCCUCCAAGCAGCAGCUCAACACAACACAUGACAACAGAAGCUGAUGGAGACCACUGUGGAGGAUCACAAGCAGACAAGCUCUUAGCUCCACUAUCAGAUAGUGAGGACACAACGUCACACUCUCCUGACAGAAUACGCACUGGAGAGAAAGUUUUUGCCUGUUCAUUCUGUGGUAAGGGUUUCAGAUACAACCCAAAUCUGGUAGUCCACAUGAGAACGCACACUGGCGACAAACCUUUCACCUGUUCAGUCUGCGGCAAGAGUUUUCGACACAGACCAAACCUGAUGGUGCACAUGAGAACCCACACCGGAGAAAAACCUUUCACCUGUUCAGUCUGUGGUAAAGAUUUUGGACAGAAUCAAAACAUGAAAUUACACAUGAGAACGCACACCGGAGAGAAACCUUUUUCUUGUGCCGUCUGCGGCAAAUGUUUCAGACAAAACCACAGUUUGCAAAUACACUUCCGGAGACACACUGGGGAUCGACCUUUCACCUGCUCAAUCUGUGGUAUGGGUUUUACGCAAAAUCCACAUCUGCAAGUACACAUGAGGACGCACACUGGAGAAAAACCUUAUGCCUGUUCAGUCUGCGGUAAAGGUUUCAGACAAAAGCCGAACUUGAAAGUGCACAUGAGGACGCACACCGGAGAGAAACCUUUUUCCUGUUUAGUCUGUGGCAAAGGGUUUGGACAAAACCAUAGUUUGAAAGUACACAUGAGAACGCACACUGGUGGGAAAGUUACUGUAGGUGGCGCUAGUCACUUCAGGCCAUGGCUGCAACGCACCAGGAAGGAGAAGAAGAAGCAGAACAAAGACACACCAGCCGCAGCUAAUAAAGAACAUCUUCUUGAGCCGCAAGAGUGGACCUCUAGGAUGGCGCAAGAGGAGCCACAGUCCUUCCGCUUUAAAGAAGAGGAGGAGCACCAGCCCCCCUACAUUAAAGAGGAGGAGGAGGAACACAGCAUCAGUCAGGAGGGAGAGCAGCUUGAAUGGUUGGAGGAGUUCCCAGUAAUUGGUGUCAUUGUGAAGAGUGAAGAUGACGAGGUCAAAGGUGAAAGUGAGGAGAAGAGAGAGGCGGAGCCUCCAAGCAGCAGCUCAACACAACACAUGACAACAGAAGCUGAUGGAGACCACUGUGGAGGAUCACAAGCAGACAAGCUCUUAGCUCCACUAUCAGAUAGUGAGGACACAACGUCACACUCUCCUGACACUGAUGAUGAAGACUCUAAAGAAGAUAAGACAUGUCACACUGACAACACCCACUUGAAAUGUUCCCACUGUGACAAAACAUUUGCUCACCAUUGUCAUCUGAAAAUACACACGAGAACGCACACUGGAGAGAAACCUUUCAUGUGCUCGGUUUGUAGUAAACAAUUCUCCCGGAAGGAAAGUUUGAUCAUACACACGAGAAUACACACCGGAGAGAAACCUUUCAUCUGUUCAGUCUGCGGCAAAGGUUUUAUACAAAAUAGUGAUUUGAGAAAACAUACAAGAAUACACAUAGGCGAGAAACCCUUUUCCUGUUCAAUCUGUGAUAAAUGUUUUACACAAAAAGAUACGUUGAAAACCCACAUGAGAGUGCACACGGGGGAAAAACCAUUCAAGUGCUCAGUUUGCAGCAAAAGAUUCUCCUGGAAAGAAACUCUGAAAAAACAUACACGAAUACACACAGGAGAAAAACCGUUCUGCUGUUUAAUCUGCGGCGAAGGUUUUAUACAAAGCAGUGAUUUGAAAGUACACAUGAGAAGACACACCGGAGAGAAACUGUUUUCCUGUGCGAUCUGUGGGGAAGGCUUUGUACACAGUCAGAGUUUGAAAGUGCACAUGAGAAGACACACUGGCGAAAAACCUUAUUCCUGUUCGAGCUGCAACAAAAGCUUUUGUGACCGAUCGACACUUGUAAUGCACGUGAGAACGCACACUGGCGAAAAACCUUAUUCCUGUUCAAUUUGCGGCAAAGGUUUCGCACGGAAUACAUUUUUGACAGUGCACAUGAGAACCCACACCGGUGAAAAACCACAUUCCUGUUCAAGCUGCGACAAAAGCUUCUGCGAAAGGUCAACACUGGUGAAACACAUGAGAACACACACUGGAGAGAAAGUGUACAGUUGCAGUGUGUGUGAUAAAAGAUUCUCUUACAAAUACCAGAUUAACAAACACAAGUGUGUUGGUGAGAACAGCAGCAGCUGCGGGACUUCUAAAUAAACUGUCAAUACUUGCUUGCAACAUAACAGAAGCCGAUGGAGACCACUGUGGAUCUUGUAACACAAUGUUUGAAUGCUUCUAGCGUUUAAAUGCAAUACAAAUAGUUUAAUAUAAAAUAUUUAAAAGAUUUAUGGCAAAGUGUCAGUCCAUUGUAUUACAUUAAAAUGAAAACAUUGUGAAACAUUUGUUUUAACAUUUCAUUUGUGUGGAAAACUUUCUGUGAUACAAUCGAGUUUGUACCC